UAUUAAUAAUAAAUAUAGAUAUUAAAUUUCAUAGGAAAAGGAUACUCUCUACCAAAGUAUACGACAGACUCAUUAUUGUAUGGGAAAGAGAGAGAGCAAGAGAGAGAGAAGGAAUAAAAGAGACUGAUUUGGUACAUCCCAGAGACUGUGGUGGUUGCUGACUCUGCGUUUUUCCUGGGCUUGGGUUAUCUCUGUGGGGUAAUGAAUGGAAUCGGAUGGAGUUGAGUUGAGAUGAAUGGAGACAACUUUUGGAUUCAGCUCACAGGCCUUAUCAUUGCUGUUAUAUGAAGGGAGCUAUUAAACACUGAAGUACAAGAAGAGCCCAGUAUUUGUUCAGCUGUGAUCUGGCUAGAGUUUUGAUAACGUCUCACAGAUACACACCUAAACACCUAGCUUUUAUUUGUAUGCAUUUAUGUUGUUUGACUUCACUACUAGCUUGAAAAAAAAACUCAAUCUGUGCUGUGUGCAAAACUACACUUUAAGCUCAUCCAGCAGACGUAUUUUCCAAAAAGAAUAAUCAAUGAAGCAUCCUAAAAUGUUUUGAAGAAGACCACGCUUUCCACUGAAAAAAAAAAGCCCGAGUGUAAUCAAUUGGCAGACUGCAACAAUAAGCAGAGCAUACUCGGAUCACUGUGCUGGAACAGUGGUUUCUGAUAAUUGGUAAACAGUCCUCCUACUGAUUUAAUGAGUAAUCACAAUGUUUGUUGGAAAGAAGCUCUCUAAUAUUAUCAUAAAUUAGGUUAGCUGCCACUUCAGCUGAAAAUAAAAACAGUUCAUGAGACGUAAAAAGAGAUAGGUAAAAAGAAGACAAGUCAAAUCAAACUGUAGAGAAGGAGGAGGCAAUGCUCAGUGUGUACUACUGCCUCAUUAACUCAGUAGAUGCAAUCAGUGGAAGGGAGCGAGACGUUUUGCCAUUGCAGUAUGGGUAGUGUUGCAGCAAGCCCCCACAAUGCAGUUCUGAAAUUGAGGCCAACACGAAAGUGAAAUAAAUUGCAGUUCCACCCUCAUCCACUGGGGGCUGGUGUCAGAAGAGAGCAAAUCCUCAUUGACUCCCAUGUUAAAAAUACCAAUUUCACAGCAGAAAUAAACAUGUUUACAGCCUGGUUCCAAAACAUGUGUUUGGUUUACACAGCAAAAUCUGCAGUGUUAAUUAGUGUCAAUUUUCUGGUGAAAAUGAUUUAGAGUUGAUGGUUGUUGAAUCCUGGUGUGGUUUGAACACCCACGGUGUCCAAAUAGCUCUUGGGGUGGAGCUAACAGCGCGAGUUAAGCGCCAACUCUCCUGUCGAGUUCAUUUCUACAUCCGGUCUGAGAGGAGAGCGGGCAACUCUAGAAAGUUCCAGGCAGCGCGGGCUAGCAGAUGCAGUGUCAAGUUUUCAACGUCAAACGAAAUCAUCAUGUUGCUGAAGGUGAAACACCAAAGUUCCAAGAAGUACAUACGGUUACAGCCAGGGUUCACAUAUUUGGAGUUCAUCAGUGAAGUCAAAAACAAGUUUGGGCUUCCUGAUGUCACAGAACUGCACAUUUUUGAUGAGACUGAUACAGCAGUGGAGGAAGACAUCUUUCUUGAACUGAUAGAGGCCAAUCCUGACAUAUGCCUGACUGUAAGUGACAGCUCAGCAGGUGAUGCUCAUUCAACCUCAUCCUCCCUCACGGAUACCGUGUCACUAUCGUCUAGUGACAGUGAUCUUCACAGAGAUUUGGGGAUCCCUGUUACUGGAAGUAGAUUGAGCUCUGGGGUCAAGAACAAGUCUACCACAGAAGUUUCAGAGUCUGAGGCUGCAAAAGAGAUGGUAGAGAAUGCAUUGCAUGUAAAACCUGGAGGUGAGGAUGUCUUGGAAGAGUACAAGUCCGAGAAAUCCCUGCAGCAUCGCACGCGCAGGCAACUUGUUAACAUACUGGCUAGUCAUAUGACUGAGAUGCACGGGAGGAUUCCUUCACGUAAGCAGAAAGAGAAGUAUGCCCUGGGAAUCAUUACGCUUUUUCCUUCACUGAAGGAUCCUUUUUCUCCAAAAGGCUACGAGCACUUCUAUGAUGGGGAAAAAGGCACAGGAUAUUUAGCGUGGCGCCUCAAAACCAUGUCCAGGAGUAGAUAUAAGAGGCCAGAGAAGGUAGCCACCUCACCUCAUGUGCAAGGACCAAACCGUAAAAGAACAGCAACCACAGUGCCUCAACAGCUUGAUGGAGAUGCCUGCAGGGAGGCAGUUUCAUUUCUUCUUCACUGUAACGAUGAGACAGUUGUCUUUCAAAAGAUGAAGAUGACCUUUCAACAUCGACAGGACCUUGUGCAUGAUCCACAGACAAGUGCAGAUGUCUUCAAAACAUUCCCACGUUUUUUAGACGUUAAAGGACUAGUAAACCAAGACUUCCAACUGUUGCUUGGAGCUGAAACCUCUUCUAAAAUGCUUGAGAAAUGGGACACGACAUUUAAACCCAAGGUUAUUGAUGAGGCCCGAAAUCUGACUCAAUCAGCGGAGGUUCGCCAACUUCUGAAAGCUGCUGAGAACCUUUCAACAGAUGAUGACUCCAACUGGGACAGUGAUAUGGCUUCUCUGCUGCUCCUUCUUCAUUUGUUGCCACCCACUGCUGGUCGAAAGAGGACAAAAAUUAGCCCCUGUGAUGCGGUGGACAAAAUGGUGCACUUUCACAAGUCAAACUGCAGCAUUGAUGAACACCUGCAGAGACGAGAGGGGAAGCAGCCAUACAUUCUUGCAGUUGGUCGCACACCAAACAAAACUGGUGCAUUCUACAUUGUUGUGGACAAGCACCUCAUCCCCUGCCAAGCCACCAGCUCAUUGGGUGCUUUUGAUGAACUGUUCAAAUGUCACUACGUUUUCAACCUGUCCUAUGAUGAGUCCCUGGUCCAGCUCUUCACCUUUGUGCAAACAACGAUCUACAACAUCGAUGCUACAACAACAAGUGGAUCUCCAAGAGUUUGUGAGCUUCGAGCAAAAUUCUUUAACUAGGUUUAAAA